AUGCCAGCAACGGCGGAGUCACGGAGGGGCCCCCGUUGCUGCUGCAGCUGCAGCUGCAGCUGCAGCCGCAGCAGCAGCAGCGGUUUGGCGUGGCUGGCGGCUCUGUUAUGUUUGUCUUUGCUGCUGCAGCAGGGCCGAUGUGCUGCGUCUGAGGAGAGGGGCCCCCCGGGGGGACCCGCCGGGGGGCCCCCGGGGGGGCCCCCAGGGGAGCCCCCGGGGGGGCCCCCGGAGCCGGAGAGCCCCGGGGGGGGGCCCUUCUUGUUCGCCGCAGCGCCCGGGAAGCUGCCAAUGCUGCUGAGCCCGGAAGACGAAAUAGAGGGCUUUUUGUCUUCAGAUUCUUUCGUGCAAAAAGGAACUGAAAGGAAAAAAGCGCCGGAGGCAGCGGCGAGCGAGCUGCCGCAGUACCGCGUGUUCGAAGCGGGGGUCCCGGCGUGCGGGUGCGUCAGCUAUCCGACAGAAAAAGGAGACAAACUGGUUUACGGAGGGUUCUGGAUUGCCGAAAAUACCAAAAAUAAACAAAGAGCAGUCCAAGAGCUCAUAAAAGGACUUCUGAAUUCAACGGGAAAUGUUGUGGAGGGCACCUUGACAAUUAUCACGCAGCCAAACGACUCGCUGGUGAUCGACACCCUCAGCAGGGCCGGCCUCUCCCUGGUCGCGUACACCCCAGACAAACAUAAAAAAGGCCUCGGCGCUUACAAAUGGAAAAUUAAUCUUCCUUAUCGAGGAAGCUACAGAGAGCACCGCGCCGAGCAGAUCGAAAUGAUGGCGGAGAAGAUCCACGUGUUGCGGCCGCAUGCGCCGCAAGAGUGGGAGUGGCUGGAGCUGUUUUCGACGGCGGAGGCCGAGGCCUUCGACAACGUCUACGUCAAAAACAUGAGUGUCCUUAACGAAAGAGAAGAGGCUUUGGCCGCCAACUUCGUCAAAAGGCGUUUGCAAGAAGACCCUUCGCAAGUUCCUUACUUGGUGGACCCGCGGGCGAGAGGCGGCUUGGGCUACAUAGCAAGAAAUGUACGCGGAGAUGUUUUUGGGGUCCUUAGGGCCCACGUUAAUAGAGAAAAUGUCUGCAUAAUUGAUUUCUUAGAUGCCAGUGGGAUUGCUGAGGAGGCGCGAAAGGCGCAGCUACUGCUGGAGCUUUUGAAGAGCCUGGAGUUCCGGAAGGUGGACAGAGUGGUGCUGCCCGCAGUGCCCAUUGCAGAUGUGGGCACAGUUUCUCUGGCUUCGGAGUUGGGCUUUUCAAUAAAAGCGAAUUCUGCAGAUUCUCUUUUGAUGGUUCGCGACGGAGACUUGCCGCUUCCGCAGGACGAGGUGGUCGUCGUCAUCCGCAAGCUCCGCGCCAAGUACACGGCAGUGAAGGCGUACCGGACUCGCCCUGGAAUCCGCAUUAGACGGGAAGUUCUGGACGUGUUGGACGAGUUUCGUCACUUGAGUUUCCACAAGCAGGAACUGAUCGAAAGGAAGACCCGAGCCUUGUUUGCACACGCGGGCGCAGUGCUGCUGCUGCUCAGCCUGGGCGCCCUGGCCCGCAAAAUCCACAACUACAGAAAGAACAAAGAAUACUUGAGGCGUUUCCGCAGCGCCAGGCUUGUAGAUGACUUGUCGCCGCAGAGGGAAGAAGUGGCGGUGGAGGCGCGGCCAGCGCUGGGCGGCUCCCGCGCGUUUCAGUGA